AUGGCGACGGCUAUUGCAUGGAGAGGUCUCACCUGGCGGCGGCAGGAGAAGGAGGAGGGGGAAAUGGAGCGACCAGGGAACCCUAGGGUUGGGGGCAUGAUUCAUAGGGUGAAGGGAGCAGCUCCGGCCGUCAAAUCAACACAAGCGUCGACGUGGACCUACUCGAUGAGCUGCCAUAUAGAAGCUAGAAGAAGAACAGGAGGGAUCGGCAUUGGUGGCCUCGCUGGGCUGAAAGAGCCCGACGCGUCCGUCGCCGCCGGACGAACUGCGCCGCCGCCCCCGCCCACUCAUAGCACGCCACGUGGCGCCCGUACGCCGCGCCGCCGCCGAGCCCGCGAAGCCCACGCGCGGCCCCCGCGGCCCGCCCGUCGCCCGCCGCCACCCGAGGCUCCUCCCGCGCCCAGCGCCGCCCUCGUCCUCCCGCCGUCGCCGGGCCGCGUCGCCGGCGCCGCUGUGCGCGCCGACCACCGCGGCGCCCCGAGGUCGCCGUCGCCGACCCCGCCGCCGUCGAGCAUGACCGCCUCCGCCCGCUGCGUUCCCGACCGCCGCGUCUCUCCCUCCUCCCUCUCCGUCCUCGCCGGCCCCGAGCUCCGGCCGCCGGCUUCUUCUUCUCCGACGAGCCGCGCCCGAUCCGAUCUAGAUCCACUCGGGUUGACUUCUUCUCCCCUUCCCCGAAAUCUUCCAAGUCCCGUAAUUCUUGCAUAA